CUUUCCCACAUUCUUUGCAGCAAAUGUGUCACAUUUACAGCUACACACUUUCUCAUUAGGUGCAUUAGUCAGAGGGAAAUGGGUGUGGGUGGUUACUCUUCGGAGGUUCAUUGUGGACCUAUUGGGCCGAAGGGCCUGUUUCCACACUGUAGGGAAUCUAAUCUAAUUUAAAUUAUUCUGCUUCCUCGGUUUCUGCUGCUGAGACAUUCACUGUCCAGUGCUGCACAACUUCCCAUCUGGAAUUUGUUGGAACCCGGUCCCUGAUACCUGGCUUUGUGUAGAACAUAUUCCCAGGGAAUAUGUGUACUGAUGGAAAUCCAGUUCCAGUUUUAAAGGAUGAAAGGUGAAUGAAACACCAAAAGAACUGCAGAUGUUUAAAGUCUGAAACUUAAACAUAAACAUAAACAUAAAUUACUGGAAAGAAUUUCAGCAGGACUGGCAGAAAACAGAGCUCUGUGGAAAGUAAUCUGUUAAUGGUUCAGAUCCAGCGACCCUUCUUCAGAACCGAAAGUACCUGGGAUAUGGCUUGGUUCUUGUGCAGAAGAUGGGGGGUGGGUGGAGUAAAUGAUAAGUGGAGAUACAGUCCAACGAGAGAGAACACACGACAAGGCAAAGGGGAAAGGUAACAAUCAGCCUGGGAGAAUGAAUAGCUGCUAAUGGGGAUUGUUAUUGGCUGUUAUUGUGUGUAGUGGCAGUCCAUGUGAUGAAAAGGCCUGGUGUGUUGGGCUUGGUGGGGGGGGGGGGGGGGUGCGUGUAGGGAUGUGGCAGAAAGUGCUCAAGCUCAAAACUUAUUGGAUUUGAUAUUGAGUCUUGAAAGUUGCAGCGUUCCCAAGCGGAAACAGAUGUUGGCCUGAGAACAGUGUGUUGAAGUGGCAGCAACUGGAAGCUCAGGGUCUUGUGUGCAGAAUGUAGGUGUUCUGCACAGUGGUCACCUUGUGUCUCUGCUUCAUUUCCCCAAUGUAGAGGAGACUACAUUGCGAGCAACAAGUUCUAUGUUAACAACUCAAAAUGCAAUCCAAUUCGCAGCAUCAUAAAAGGCUUCAAAAUGUAUUAGAGCAAGGAAAACUGAUUCUGCCCCACCUCCAACUGUCCUGCUUAUCUACUGAAGGGAAGAAAGGGUCUAAAAUGUAAAAGAUGCAGGAUACAAAACCAGAAGAGACUGUACAAAGUUAAUGCAGUUUCCUUUGAUUAAUUAGAAUAGAAUAUUCUUUAUGGUCACGUGUACUCAACUUUAGGAGUACAGUGAAAAGUUUUAUAAUUAGUGUUGUCAAUCUUAGGGGUCAUCUUUAAUUUAAAAUCAAAAUCCCAAAUUAAUUUGUUCAUUUGAGACUUUAACCAAUUAGGCAAAAGGAGAAAAGUUGAGUGCAGUAACCCUGGAAAUCUUAUCCAGGUUUUCAGUAAUGCCCAUUGAGUGAGGGGAUUGACUUUAAUGGUGUACUACAGCAUUUGUUUUACAGUUUCACCAAGGAUGAAGGUUGACACUUGGUUUUUCAAUUGCUCACCAAAGCCUUGAGUGCCUUCCACUCCCGACUGGAAGCAGGGGAACUUGAAACAUUCACAUCGCCACUUGGUCACCGAAAGAUGCUGCUUAUUCAUUCUUCCUAAGCCAUUACCUACAGCAUCAUUAAUUGUAGCAGCACAUUCUGAUUGGCCUAAUGUAAGUAAGACUUGUUGCUAAACAGUUUAAAGGAUGCAUGACCAAUCUCUUACUGGCUUUUGAGGGUGAAGGACACUGACAGAUGCCACUUUUGCCUAACUGGUUCCUGAAAUCGACAGUUACCUACGGCGCCAUCCUCUUCAGUAGGUCUUGUUAUUGUCACUUUGCCUGUUUUUUUUUGAAGAACAGCAUAUGCAAUCUGGACUCAGUGAUUAAUAUCCUUGAGCUUGUGUCAGUGCUGAGCCUAAUCUAUAUCUUUCUUUAUUCACAGGCAAGACCAAGGUCCACAUCCUGGAAGCACGAUCACUGGUGUCUACAGCCAAUACACUGUUGAGAUGAAGCCUUUCAGUACAGGAUGAAAUGUCACUGGAAUGAGUGGUCACCCAAUUGGCAACAUGGCAAUUUGGAUGAGGUUGUUAAUAAUUAAUUAUGGAACAGAGCCACUAAAGCCUUCUGUAAUCAGGGAUGACUAGCUUCCCCUGAACAAUUAAAACAAGAGAAUGCCUCAGUGAAGCUGGACCAGAAUUAGAUUGACAAGAUGUUUCAACAUUUGUCCUUUGUGAUCAUGAUGGUUUUCAAUAUGAUUUUAUUUUCUGAUCAAUUGCAAAUCAGUGUUUGGGAUGGAUCUGUACUGGCCGUCCAUAAUGGAAACGCCAUACUGCCAUGUCAAUUCUUUGGUGGCUUCUUAUCCAACCAGAUUAUCAUCUUGUGGCAACGUGUCGAAACCAAAGAGAUUCUAUGGAGUUGUUACCACGGAGAAAACCAAUUAAAUCAGCAGAGUCUUGAAUAUUCAGGCAGAGUGAGCCUCUUCCCAGAGGAGUUGAAAAGGGGAAAUGCUUCCCUGAAAUUAGAAAAUGUGAAGCUAAAUGAUACUGGAAAGUACAUGUGCUCUGUCAGAACUCCACUGGAAAAUAGCACAGGAAUUCUCUCCCUUCAAAUUGCAGCACACUACACCGAGCCCAGCCUAAGAAUCAAACAAACAUCAAAUGGAAUAAACUUUAUCUUUGAAUCUGCUGUUUCCUGGUUAAAAGAUAAACUCCAGGAUAUCUCUGCACUAUCUGUGACUCUAUGCCAACCUGGUGAAGAUGGACUGUAUUCAAUACAGAGCAGUCUGCUAAUCAAUGGUAGCGGUAUGAAUUCAAAGUUCAUAUUUACAUUAAUGAACAAGGUUUUACAGCAGUCCCUUUCUUGGACUUUUGAGCUAUCUUCUGGUAAGUUAAUUGAUCUGAGUGUUUAUAGACUGAAUUUAUUUUCUCAAGUGAAAACGUAGGACAAAUUGGCCGACAUUUUCCUCCUUUGGUUUACAGAGAAACAUUCUUUUACCACCCUACUCAAAUCACUUUAAACACUUCCUUUUCCAGCUCCUUCGGCAGCAUCACAUUUUACAGAGUGGGGUUGAUUAGAUUUGAUUGCAUUAGAUUACAUUACAGUGUGGAAACAGGCCCUUCGGCCCAACAAGUCCACACCGACCCGCCAAAGCGCAACCCAC